AUGUCAUCGCCAGUGGACCACACAGACAUGUUGCUGGCGCCGGAUGCGGCGAACACGACGUUCCAGCAGCCGCCAGCACGCUUAAAUGCUGAGCUCGACGAUUCGAUUAUCGUGAAAGGGGAAAUGGACACAGAGACGCCAGCAGCGAAGGAGGGUGAUGAUGAAACCAUUUUGCCGAAGGAAGACGGUCACGACGAAUCUGCGUCGCCCAUUCCUCUGACACAGCCAAUUCUGAGUGACGAAGAUGGAGACGGCGGAGAUAAUAACGAUAACAGAAAUGCCACCGACAGUAACGGCGACGGCAGCAGCAGUCUAAAAAAUGUCCAGUUCAAGGGCCAACCGGUUUGGCAGGUAAAUGUUCAGGGACUGCAGCUGAUCAAACGGAUGACCGACAUGAAGUUCAAUUGGGCCUCUAUAUGCUUGUUGAUUGAGAAGACAAACGCGGUGGACGUCGAAAGUUUGCAGAGCAGCGUCACGUCUACAUUAUCGCCAGACGUGAACGGCGACUAUUGGCUUCCGGACGAAAAAGUGGCAGAACUAUCGAGCAAGUACUCUCUCGACCAGUACUUACAGCCCUUGAUGAACAUAGCGUCUGACUUGCAGAAGCCGACAGGAGAUGCCAUGAAAGAUAGCCGGGACGGUAACCAAUAUAGCGAGGGAAACAAUGACAAAAAGAGAACCAAUACGGAGGCCAAUAUUCUGGAAAGUCCAAGUAAAAAGUUGAGGACAAUAGAAAAAGAAAACAACGUCUUGGAUGUACCUAUCUACACCUCGGACUUAUCUGAGGGAAACCCCAACUUCCCUUUCACACUGAAGCCUCUGUCAAACGACAAUGUAGUAAAUGAGCAUUCUAAAGUCAUCAUUUCUUCCUUGUUCUUGCCUUUUCAAAGUAAGGUUACGUUGGCGCAGGUUUUGAAGAGUGAGACUGGUUUUGUCAAUUCUUCUGAAGGUGAUGAGAAGCCUACCGAUUCGAACAACAAGCGAAACGGCGACGAUGAUGAGGUGAAUCAAGAAGGCCAGCCAACAAAAUCAGAGCUUGAGGGUGAGGGAGGAGUUGAUGAUGACGCUAAUACUGACAACACCAAGGUGAACGAUGACACGUUAAUCGACAAAAACGAAAUCAAUUUAGAUGUUCCAAUAGACGAUAAUGGCCAAACGGCAUUGCAUUUAGCGGCUACGCUUGGUAAGCUAUCACUUGUGAAAGAGCUUAUUGAGAAGGGUGCAAACAGGUUUAGAGGAGAUAACGAUGGUCAAACCGCGUUGAUCAGAGUUGUUCAUGCAACAAACUGCUUUGAACUGGGCUGUUUUGAUAAACUCCUUGAUCUUCUUUAUCCGUCAAUUAGGUUACUGGAUAACAGAGGUAGGAGUAUUUUGCACCAUAUAGCGCUCACCUGUGGCUUGAAAGGAAGAUACGACGCGUCCAAGUAUUAUUUGGAAAUGUUGCUCGAAUGGGUUGUAAAAAAAGGAUCCAAAUUACCGGAUGAUUCUUCGUUGACAUUGACGAAUUUUAUCAAAGAGGUGGUUAACAAAUCGGACAAGUAUGGUAACACUUGUUUGAAUUACGCCACUUUGGCAGGUAAUAAAUACAUUGUGUCGCAGUUGUUAGAUAUCUGUGCCGACCCUUACAAAGCCAACAAGAUUGGUGUUACACCGGGAGAUUGGGGGAUCGAUGUAAACAACAGCAUUGUGAACUCCACUGUGCGGGAUAUAGGGAAUGAGCUAUCAAAUGAGGGUGAAAACAUUACGCCGCAUGGGAACGGCAACAUCGCCUCUAAUGAGGGUGAUAAGAGCCAGACCGAAUCCAAUGGAGCUCUUUUGAAUGCCGAUAUUGAAGAGGAUAACAAGGGUAGUAAAGCACAGCCAGGUAUGGACUCUAAUGACUUCAAAGAAUCGACCAACAGUCUGCAAAUACUAGACUCCAUUCAAUCGUUUAUUGCCAAUCUCGGCAGUGAGUUCAAACAGGAAAUUGUUCAAAAAUCGCAACAAAUUGACAAACUCAACCCUAUUCUACGAGAAAAGACGUUGCAGCUAUCGCAGAAGAGGAAGCAGUACGACGAAUUGCAAAAGAUGGUGAGAAAGAUUUCCAAGAUCACAAACAAGAUCGACAACUUGAACAAGGCCAUUACCGAAGAAGAGAACACGUUCCAACAAGAGAUCCAGAAUUCGAGCAUCAACAUUGAUCAGAACAAUUGUCUAGGCGAUUUCGACGCGGACCAGCCGUUUACCAUUCUGCCUCUCUACCAAGACAUUGAGGAAAUAGUUGAAAAGAUUCUCGACGAAAAGGUCAAGCGAAUAGGGGCCGAUGAGGUUGGAGAGGCUGGCGACCACGAUGAUGACAGCACUGACAAGCACGAGUCUGGCAGUGACAGCGAUUCUGGAGACAAGUCGAGCUACGCCAUUCUGAAAGCGCUCACCUCGAUCAAAGCCGAGGAUAUUCUGCCAUACUACGAAAAACAGCUACCACUCGAAAAGCGAGAGCUUCUUCGAAAGAGUAUUCCUCCCUCGGUUGUCCUCGACGCCCGGAUACGUGCUUACAACAAGAACAACCAUAUUCUGAUGGAUAGGAUGAACAAGAAGCGGAAUUCCAACAAGGAGUUGGAGUCGCAGUUCAAGCGCAUCAUCGGCCUCUGCAUUGGAACGGACACUGACAACAUCGAUGACCGCCUCCUCAGCAGCUUGCUUAUGAGUGUCGAGACCGAUCCGGACCCUGAGAUCGGCCAGAUAAAAAAGGUGCUCAAGAUCGUCGGCGAUCUUGACGGCGAUGAAGGCAGUCCUGCUUCCCGCACCGCCCCGGCCUCUUCCACCGCCAACUGA